UGAACGCUUUGAGUUAAGCUCGAUCUAGCUUUGCUGGACUUCGUGCAGGUUAUUUUACAACGAUGAGACUGGCUGAUUCGCAAUCAUGACUUUCCAAAGUGUCCUUCAAAUUAACGUCAACGCGAAUUACAUGGCAGCGGAUUCUUCAUCAGCCAGCUGCGGCUCUUAUUCCGAGAUCUCCAACCGGAGCUUCUCUGCCGAAAAUGACAACAAGCGGCUUCAGAUACUCGCCAACUCGCUGGGAACAUUGCCCCGGGGACACAGACAGCUUUCAUUGACUAGAUCAAACUCUUUGGCUGACACUUCAGAUUUUCGAAAAAAAAUGGUUGUUUUAAAUAAGCAAGAUAAUGAAACUUUUGGAUUUGAGAUUCAGACCGUUGGAAUGGAUCAGCAAAAUGCCAAUACAUUACAGAGGUGCACGUUUGUCUGCAAGGUGCAUGACAACAGUCCUUCUCAUUUCGCAGGGCUGAAGGCUGGUGAUAUGCUAGUUAACAUCAAUGGAGUGGAUACUGAAGGGUUUAGUCACCAAGAAAUUGUCGAUCUAAUUAAGUCAUCUGGUAAUUUAUUAAGCGUGUUAACUGUUCAUAAGGACUCUAUCAGAAGAGAUCAACUUGAAACAAGAUUGCAUUUUUUAAAGAAAACACUUCAAGAGAAAUGGGUGGAGUACAGAUCAGUUUUGCUACAGGAACAACGCCUAGUUCAUGGACUCUUGAGGAAUGGUAGCACAGCAGACUCCUUUGUAUACAACAAGAAUGCAUUAUUUGGAUCAACCAGACAGAACAAAGAGAGAUUUUCCAGCGACAGCAGCUGCAGGAGUCAACUCAGCCUGAUGACUGUUGACAGUGAGGAUUAUGACUUCCAACUCAGUGUGUUUGAUGAUUCAGGAAGUCAAUGUAGGCGAAGCAGUAUGGAUGAAGAAUGUAUCUUCCACAGGGAACCUGAAACAUUCACACCAAAAACCCAUCUGAGUAGGAGCAGGAGCAUUAGCCUGUCUAGUAAUGGGAGUGGACACAUGCCACCAUCAUGGGACUCAAACAGUGGCUUUGGGACAAUUUCUCGAAGAAGCAGGAAACCAAGUGUUAGGAAACGCCUUAUGAAGUUCAUUCCAGGCUUAAAUAGAUCAGUUGAAGAGGAUGAGAGUCAUUUUUAGAAUUUUAUUGUAACUUUUUAAUACAGUAGUGAUACUGCUAGUUUCAUGAUAGCAUUAAGAAGCAAUAAGGAACUAUGGCAUUACACCAUUUCAAAUAUUUUUGAUUGCAGGCUGGAUCUGUGUGAAAAUAUAGUAAAACGUUUUUUAGGGAAAUUUGUAUAGCUUUAAUCAAAAAUUAUUUUUUCUGUAUAUUUUUAUAUUAUACACUCUGUUUUUCGUAUAAUCAAAGAUUUAAGUUUUUGAGGUGUUUUCAUUGAGUAAUAUGUUUACAUUAUUUCAUAUUAACAGUUGCUUUAAUAAGGUUAUGAUUUUAAAAGUCAUGGUCCAAGAAUUAAUUGAUUGUUCUAAAGUGGCCUUAUGAAGUGCACUCCUAUAACCUGAUUGCUCAGAAUUUUGGAAACUACAGUCACUUCUCAGUCUUUCUAAAGUACGUAUAAAAAGGGUCCACUCGUGCCACAAUGGUAAUCUUCCUACACCUGCACUGGGAGGCCUGAGUUCAAGCCCCAAGUGCUCCACAGGUAUUUAAUAACAUCUUUGAACAGGUUGAUGAGAAAAAUAGGUUAAAUCAGCAAGGAAAAUAUGCCAGUCUUCCAAUCUAGAAUUGAAAAUUUUACAAAUAGCCAGCAAUUCACAAACUUUCCCCAUCAAACAGCAACUGAACAUGGAUUGACAUCAAUCUCUUUAGUCAACUUCCAAUUGGAUGCAUUCGAGUCAUGGCUUUAAAAGAGCAGAUUCAAUUAAAUACUUUGGUGUCAUUAAACACUAACCCUCUAGAGCUUGCAAAGUUGUUGAAUGCAUCUAAUUUGCCCAUGGCCAGUAGAUGCUUGAACCACAAGCACGUAUAUUUACGGCAAGCACCUGCUCCAUGUUCCGUGAAAAUCCCACAGGGGGAUAGGGGUGUUCCAUAGCCACCUGCUCCAGUCUAAAUUUUUCCCUGACCUCUACAGCAAUGGGGCCUGUCCAUGUUUAAAAACUAUUUAUAAUUCUUUAGGGUAUCUAGGCUCCCUGCAGCUGGACUUUCCAAUCAUCCCAUUCGAGUUCCUCCCAUCCACAAGUUUGCAUACUAUCCCACUCAUCUUCCGUUUUUAAACUAGAUAAUCCAAGAAAGUGAAACAACAGAAGAGUGAAUUACCAUCCCAUGGCCACCCCCUCUGAUGUCCGAAGCCUUUAGCAGUGAGGUAAUUUUCACCCCUUACCAAUCCAAACACAAUGCAAGAAUAGACAGGGAACUGGCACCAACAGGUCAUUUUGUUUUCCAGUGAUAAUUCAAUAGCAAUUGUCGCACGUGUCUAGAAGAACACUUGAGGAAAUAUAAGGCCAACUUGUGCAUUUAUUUCUCAGGUUUAUCUUCAUUAACUAUUGGUAACUUUUGUAGUUGAAUGGAUACUGUUUUCUUUGGAGAUGAUUUAUUGUUAAUUUCAUUUGUUCCAUUUUUUACUCAUUUCUUUCCCUCUGCAAAUCAUUCUAAGAUAGUUUGAGUUAGCAAAAUGCUCAGUGUGUUUCAUGUCAGUAGAAGGUUUAGAAAUAGGAAUUUGAAAAUGGGGAUGCCUGAAGCUAUUCAUUUCAAAUUGCAUUUAGGUUAAGGUAUGUAGACUUAAUGACCUUUUAAAAUGCGUUGGUAUGCAGGCAUAUUUUUGAUUAUUUUCAAAUAAGAUUAUGUGCGACAUUUAAACACAAAUAAUCUCCAUUUGUCAAAUGAAAUAAAAUGAGUUAACAGAACAACUGGAAAAGAGCUUGCAUCACUGGCUGUGUGCAUAUCCAAACAUACCUGCUGUCAAGUUCAGGAUAUUUUUUGAGUUUUAUUAUUGUGAGUUUUGAACAAAGGUGAAUUCUUUACACAAUUGUUAACUUUGUUUCUUCUCUUAAAGUAGUGUUCCAAAUGACUGGCCGACAGGAUGUACUGGGCUCUUGCUUACUAGAACAAAAAUUCUUUGCACUCUUAACAGUUUAGAUUAUGUGGGGAGAUCUGAAAACAUGAGUGAUAAUUGUGAAUGAACAAUGUUGGAAAGUGUACAUAUUUUUAAUGCAUACUUUAAUAAAUUUUCCACUUA